GGGUCACAGGGGAGGUUGGAGCCCAGGGCUGGGGGACAGGGUGAGGAUGGUCCCUCUGCCCUGGGCUCUUCCACACAAAGCUCGGCUGGCCCUUCCUGCCUGGAAGCAGCCAAGGGAAGAUGCUCGGUCUGUCCCCCAUGGAAUCACCCCUGUUGUCAGCUCCCAUGGGGGAGGAAGCCCUUGGGCUCAGGUUUGGCUGUGAUGGGGGCCCACCAGGGUGGCCGGGGACAUUUUAAGAAGAUAAAAGUGAUUUUCUUGCUGCUCGUGCUGGCAGGGGCCGGUGCGGCCAGAGCCAGGAGGAUUAAAACAAUUUCAUAAUCCUGGUGAUUUCCUUUUGAUCGGGAUUAUGAAACCAAUCACGAAUAUCAAAAGCCACAGCUUAAAGCGGCAGCCGGAGCGGGGCCGGGACGCCCCGGGCCCCCUCAGAGCCCUGGUGCCCCCGGGCACGGCAGCCCUGGCACCUCCAGGUAAGCGCUGCCCACCCGGGACCCUCGAGGAGGGGCAGGAGGGGGGGGUUUUGGUGCUCGGGGAGCAGGCACGGGUCGCAUGCCGGGUUUUAGGGCAGGGAUGUGUGUGGAUGCACCGAGCUCGGCUCCCACCGCCCUCCUGCCUGGAAAUGUCACGGCCCUGACUCGCCGUGGGUCCACGCAGGAUCCGGUCUCCGGAAAGCAGAGUUUAGCACAGCUGCACGAGUGUGAUGCUCACAGGAAGGUGCCGAGAGCAGGCGGGCUCUGCUGCUGGAGAAAUCCCCCGGGAGCAGCGUUCCCAUCCCGCGGGUGCGGGACAGCCCCUCUCGGCACCCGGGGAGGCUCCGCCGCCUUCCCAAGCCGCAGCCCAGACAAAGGAGAUUCCUGAGAGGGCCACGGCAGCCGGCAUCGCUCCGUCCCGGCUUUCCCUCCCGUGGAGGUGCCGGGGUGGCAGCUCGGGGUCACCCCCGGCGUGGCGGGGACCGGGGCCGGCUUUGGCCCGGUGCCCCGGCGUGGGGUGCGCGGAGAGGAGGAGGAGGAGGAGGAGGAGGCCGGGGCGGGAGGCAGGGCCAGCCACGGCCCCACGGCCCAGCCAAGCGGCUGAGCUCAGGCUCGGCUGGAGGGGCCGGGAUUUGCUGGUUUGGCCGUUUUUUUUUUUUAAUUUCUUUUUUCCCUCCCCUGCUUCCUUCCCUUCUUCCGCUUUCUUCUCCUUCUUCCCAGCCCUCUCCCGAUGCUGCUCCGGGGGACUCAUGGAGAGGAGCCCUCCCGCUGAUGCGCGGCGCCUGCCGCGGCCCCCCAGGCAGCUCAGCCAGAGCGGCGGCCGCAGCCCGGAGCGCCCCGAGCCCGCCCGCGGCCCCCACGCCGUCCUGGAGGGCAAGGUGAAAGCGCUAAAGGAGAAGCGGGGCGGGCGGCCGGGGACCCCCGCAGCCGCCCCCGAGCGCCCCUCGCCCAAGAAGCCGCGGGCCCGGCGGGGGAAGGCGGGGGCGGAGGUGGCAGCGGGGGAGCCGCGGGCUCAGCUCCGCACGUACCUGACGGACGGGCUGCUGGAUGGAGGGGAGCCCGCUCCGGGCAGCGCCCCGGCACCCCGAGCCGGAACCCCGGGGCUCUGGAGGCUCCCGGCACCCAGGGAUGCCCCGGACAAGGGCAGUAGGUCCUGGCGCUCUGCCUCCCUCCAUGAGAGACCCUCCCUGGAUGAAGAGAACCCGCUGCGGGACCGGGGGCGUCCCUCCGUGUCCCCCCCCAGGGCGGGGAGCUGGGAGAGGCUCUCGCUGGCUGAGCGGGUGGAGAGGAACCGGCGGCUGCUGCAGGAGGUGCUGGGCCUUGCCGCACCCGAGAUGCCAGCGAGCGAUGGGGACUGGGACUCAGGGGUUUCGCUGCAGGACGCUGAGGGCUGCAGGGCCUUUGUCGCCGGGCAGGAGCUGGAGCUGAGCCCGCGGCACGAGCAGGCCAAGCAGCUGCUGCAGCGCGCCCGCAUGAAGGCUCGGACGAACCCCCUGCGCGCCAGCCACGACAUCCUCCUCCUCCCCUCCGCCGUCCCGCAGCCCAGGGAGCCCAGCGGAAGGCCGAGCGUCGCCCCGCGGGACGGCGGGAGCCUGAGCGACUCGUCCAGCGGGGAGUCGAGCUGCGGGCGGCCGCGGCGGCCGCGGGGACCGUCCCCAUCCCGUGUCCGCUUCGAGGACGAGUCGGCCCGGGACGCCGAGGUGCGGUACCUGGAGCGGCUGCAGCUGCGGCACCGGCGGGCGCUGGGCUCGGCGCUCGGCUCGCCGGAGCCGGCCGGCAGCAGGCAGCCGGGGGACGGCGCUGGCCAGCCCAAAGCCCGCACUGGCGACCUCGUAGCCGGGGGCAAGUGCAGCGCCUGCGGCUCCUUCCUCGGUGCUGCCGCCGGCCGGGGCACGGACCAGCAAGCUGCCACCGACGUGGCCAAAAGUAGCCCUGCGGCACAAAGAAGCGUCCCGGGGGGGAGCAGGGGGCCGAGCGCUGCACAGACAGAGCCUAAGAUCAGGCCGCUGGGCCCCGGAGGGUCCCCGCUGUGGAUCCUGCCCUCCCGGCAGCGCAUCCACACCGAGAAGAUCAAGGAGACCUACAUCGGGGAUGUCACCUACAUUGACGAGGUGGACUCGGCCCUGGAGAGCACCGACACCUCCGACGGCUGCCGGACGGACAGCGAGGAGGCGGGACCCCGCAGCCCCCACCUGCGGGGGCACCGCGACCCCCGGGCUCGGGGGCACAGAACUCCCCGUGCUGCCCCGCAGCCGGAGGCGAGGGCCAGGAAGGGGCCGUGUGUGGCCAGCGGUGGCCCCGAGGAUGGGCACUCGGGGCCGGGGCCUGUUUGCCCCCCAGCACCGGGAAGAACCAGCGGCUGGGAAGAUGGGGAGCACCAUCGGCAUCCGGGGGGCAGCAAGGGAGUGGGAAACACAACUCGCCCCCCGCAUGAGCCCAGCGAGCCCCUGGAGCCUUACUCGCAGCUGAGGACCAGCACCCCCAUUCCGGGCACCCACGUCCCUGCUCCCCCCCCCUACCAAGAAGGCCUGCGCCCAGGUGCCUUGCAGGAAAGCCCUGUUCUCCGGCGGCAGCCGCCAGGCGCCGAGCCAAGGAGUCCCGGGCCCCGAGCCGGGUGCUGGCAGCGCCUCCCCUCCGCAGCCCGGGGGCACGGCCCGGCCAGCCGAGCGGCGGGGUCUCUGCAGCCCCAGGUGGCUCCCGGGGAGCCCCCUCCGUGCCUUGUCCACCAACAAUUGCAACAACACCCACGGGCAGGACGCGCCGGGGACGGGCGGAGGGACACUGUCACACCCCGCUGCCAGCCCUGUCACCCCCGUGCCCUCGGAGGCUGCUCAUCCUGCGGGGGAAGGUGCCGGGAUGCCGGGAGCGCAGCCCCAGCCGCACCCAGCCGGGAGUGCGGCACACGGUGCACCCCGAUCUCACCAAUGCACCCCGAUCUCACCGUGCACCUCAAUCUCACCGUGCUGCAGCUCUCAGGGCUACACGCCGUGUGUGACCACCACGCCUCUCCACCCAGGGAGCCGGGGCGGCCCGUGAGCCGCAAGGGCAGCAGCGCUUCGGCGUCGGGGCUGAAGAAGCUCCUGUGCAGCCUGAGCCAGAGCACCAAGCAGCGCCUGGGCCGCUUCCGCUGCUACAGCAUGGAGCAGCUCCCGGCCCCCGGAGGCUCCCCGCCGGGCGGCCCCAGCGUCAAGAAGUCACCGUCCCUGCAGUCCCUGCAGCUGGUGUCACCCUUCUGCCAGCCCCAAAAAGCUGCCUCUAUCCAGAGCCUGCAUCCCCAGCUGGGCAAGGCACCCCGUGCCAGCGCCUACCUCCUGCCCCAGACCACGGCUGACAGGAAGGGGGGCUCAGGGCCGCAGCGCUCGCUGAGCGUGGAGGACAUCGGGGCGCCCGGCCAGCUGCGCGCGGUGGGGCGCGUGGUCGAGGUCUUCCCUGAUGGCACCAGCCAGCUGGAGCUGCAGCGACCCCCCGACGGCGCCUUCGGGUUCUCCGUCACCUCCGGACACGGCCGGCCCGACACAGGUGUCUACGUGCAGGAGAUGGCAGAUGCUGGCACAGCCAAGCUCUACGCGGGGCUCCUGGGCGUGGGGGACGAGAUCCUGCAGGUCAACGGCGCGGCCGUCUCGGGGCUGGGGCUGGCCCGAAUCCGCCAGCUGCUGCUCCAGGCGGACACCCUGGCCCUGCGCGUGCUCCGGCACCGCCCCGCGCCGCGGUAGCCCUGGCACGGCUCCUGCGAAGGGCUGGAGGGAGCAGGAGGCUGUCCCAGUGACGGGAGAAGGACGAUGUCCCAGUGAUGUCCCAGGAUGGUGUGGCAUGGACCAAGCUGCCUCACAGUGCCAGGACCUGCCCGGCUCCACAGCAGUGGGGGCAGGUGGCUCUCCUUGUCCCCCUAGGACAGAGUGUGGGACCAAGGACACCUCAGAAUCUCUAGGAGCUGCCUAAGUGUGGGGGACAGGGGACAGCCUGGCCCCAACAGAGCUGGGUGGGUCUGUCCUGCUGGGCAUGACCAGCAUGGGGACACCCCAUCUGUGACCCCAGGAGACAGAGGGCUUCCUGCCAGCACUGCCACCUUGUGCUGGAGGGCUGCUGAGGUUCUUUUAAAUUAUUUCAAACUGAAAAAUACAUCUCUGCAAUAACAAAACAAUGCCCUUGGCUUGUGGCAUGGAGGGGCUGGGGUGGUACUUGUGGCCCUGAGGCCUUUGCUUCUUCUUUUCUCAUGGCCCUGCUGCUCCACCAACCACCUGCUGACCAUGCAGGGGGGGCCCUGGGCAGGCAGACAGGGGGCUCAGCCACCUGCAGGGCUCCUUGGGGAUUUUUUGGGAUUCUUUUUUCCAGCCAUGGAAGGCAAAACACGUCCUUGGAAUGACUGUCUCCAGCAGCAGUGGCAUGGCAGCAACGGCUGCCCUCUGCACAGUGGUGCCCCACAUCUGGGUACAGCUGUCUGCAGCAACCUCACAGCUGGGCACAGCUGCCCACAAUGCUGAGGUGACCCCAGAAACUGCAGAUGCUGCUUAUGCCUCAAAAACCAGGAAGGUGAUGCCUGGCAAACGCUGGUGGGAGAGCUCUUCCCACUCCCUGGUGCCAGCAGACCCUGAGCUUGUCCCGGGAGCAAGAGUCAGGCAAGAAGGAGCGGAGAUCUACGCUGCUGCACCUUUAUUUAGUGUUAAAGGGAGGGGCACCACCAGCGACAGAAAAGCAAAUGUGUACGGGGAAAGGGAGCAGAGACACUCGGGUGGCUUGUGGUGAUGUCAGCAGCUGGGCCACCGUCUGGACUACCAAAGGAGCAGUCCUGCAUGGGAAUCGUUCCCGAAGGAUGCACAACCACGCUGCAAGUAACGCGGGGAUCAGAGGUGUGCAAACACCGGCAGCGAGCCCCGCUCCCUGCCCAGACCCGCGCUCCCGGGAAGCUGCUCUUGGAGAGGUACAGACCCACGGAGUGCCACAGACACCGCUACAGCCAGCCUUGGAAAGCAAACAGCACCCAUCCCCGCAGGGAUGCUCUGCAAGGAUAAGGAGCUACUCGAAUCACGAGUGCGGGUGGGCGCCGAGGCACCACGUGUGCGUUACAGACGAGCACCCGGGCGGGCGGGGAGGCUCCGUCCAGCCCCGCCCGGCUGCGGAAGGCACGGAGCCGCCGGCUGAGCAUCCAGCGUCUGCGGGAGGGACAGGGGGGCCACGCAGACCUCGCAGGGAGCCACCAAGCCGGGGGGAGGAGUGUUCAGUCCCGGAGGUAAAGCCGUCCGGUGGCAAGAUUCUGAGGCGGGCGGGGGGGGAGGAUGAUUUUGGGGGUGAUUUGCAAUUUCAGCAGAAGUCUUUGCGUCAGUGCCAAUUAACUUCCUCCCCCAGCCCCAUCUGGGAGCCAUAAGCCAGCCUGUGCUGAGUCUUUUCAUGUUUGCAACUUAAAAUAUGGGAGCAGACUGGAGUAAGAAACCAUUUUUGCUUUCCUCAAGUCACCCCCUAUCCCACAGUCGGUGCUGGCAGCAUGGCCCCUCUGCCUGUUCCUCACCAGUGACACUCCCAGGUGAGCUUUUAUCACCACAGAUUUGGGACUGCCCAUCUGGCUACUUUGAGACAAACAACUGGGAGGUAACAAAAGGACUGGGAAGGAAUACACAAACAUGAUCUAGCUAUCAAUCUCCUGCCUUUUGGUUGCUUACAACAGAGGUGUCCAAAAAAUAGGGGUUGGGAAAAAUUCAGACAUCCUAUUUACAAGUUCAUAUACACUUAAAAUACAUCACUGAGCACUGUUCCUCUGAUCCUGUGUGUUGUGCACCCACAGAGAGAACACGGCUCUAAUGCUCAUCAAAAAAAUCUUUAAAGUUUUUUUUUUUCUUAAAAAAAAUAAGUUAUUUUAGACCUGACAAAUCACUUGCCAAAGGGAAGCAGCUGUUAAACAGAAGCAGUGACUCAGUUAUACAAGGGCAAAGAAAGCAUCAGUCAAUGAGCUUUAGAGGCCUGUAUAAUGAGGGAGGCAAGUUCAAAAGCUUCAAGACUCUUCCUCUCUGGCUCACGGCUGAUUGCCAGCGUUCGGUGUGCAGCACCCCAGGGUUGAAGCUCUGGGGUGUCUGACGGGGCCUGGGUGGCUGAUGGCAGGACACAAAACCCUACAGCUCUGCCCUCUGCCCACUGCAGGGGGUAGGGAAGCUCUGGUAGGACUCACCGUGCUCUCUCUCUUGGCAGUGAAUUGGUGCUACAGAGCCCGCCCACAGGAAGCAGGGAGGGGCAGGGGGAGCAGGGCCAGGGCUCCCCUCCCUUGCCGUAGCUCGGAGGGUUUCACCCUUCCCAGUAAUGCUUGGGGCUGGCACUGGCAAUGCAGUUUGUAAUGCUCAGUGAAUUCAGUAAUUCCUCCCCAGGGCUCGCUGCUCUGUGUCCACCUCCCACCGGCUCCUACCUGCACCGCGUGGGAGUGCGGGGCUCGGGUCCCCCUCCAGCUCCGUGGGUCCAGACCCGGAGCCCGGGUCCAGAGUGCACCGCAGCAGGGGAGGAGGCGGCUCCAGCCCUCCACCCCCUCGCCCCGGGGCCAGGGGAGAUGCCGGCGCAGCCGAGCCGCAGUCCUUGGAGGAGGAUGG